AUGGAGACCGCAAAGAUGGAGGCGCGGCUGCGCGCCUUCUACGCGAAGCACAACCCAGGCAAUGACCAGAACAUCGCCGAAAUCGUGCGCAAAUUCGCCGGUCGGGAGCGCCAACUGUGCGCGAAGCUCUUCAAGAAGUACGGAGAAGCACCAGACCUCACGUCUGUGGGUGACAAUGACGACCAAGGAGUCGAGGGCCAGGCAAAGGCGCUGAAGCCGCAGCCUACGGUCAACAGUCCACUGGACUUUCGCUCGGCACAGUUCGACGCUCUCAAGGCGCUUCAAGCCCCUAAAAAGCUGUUGAACUUGCCCGUGGCGACGGCAUAUCCACUGGAUAAUAUCCAAAAGUGUCGUCAUUUGCUUCCAGAGUCGGACGCCAGCAGACAGACUCUGGUUACAAGACCCAAGAAGGCGAGCCCGUCGGUAGCUGAGGCUAAGGCGGCAGUGACCAAGAAGACGAGCGCUGUGACUGCUACGCCGUCACUGUUCGAACAACUAGCAGAUACGUACUUGGAGGGGCCUUUUCGAGUGCUGCGUCGCUGCUUUCUGGAGCGAAUGCGCGUGUUCGUAGUGGUGCGUCGUGUCAACAGCGUGCGUGGGACGUGUUCCGGCUUCCUGAAGGCAUUUGAUAAGCACAUGAACCUCGUGCUGCUGGAUGUCACGCAAGAGUUCGUCCCGCACAACACCCACGAGAGGUUGCUUCGAGAAGUGCGCGAGGGCAAUCGUGCCGCUGGUGACGCCGUCUUCUCGGCAGCAGAUCGUCGUUGGAAUCGACGCGUUCUUGCCAGUGCCGGGGGCACUCAACGCGAGUAUAUCAAACAACUUUUCAUCCGUGGUGAUAACGUUGUAUCUGUCAGCGCUGUA